AUGUCCUCUGCUCAUGAUGCCACCACCAAGAUCUCCAUUGACAAGUUCGACGGCGACAACUACGCGACGUGGAGCCGCUACAUGCGUGGCGUGUUCCUGACCAAGUCGGCGUGGCACGUGGUGAACCGGGAGACCACCCCCACCUUCGCCGAUCCUCGCGCCAGUGACGACUACGUCAAGACGAACAACAUUGCGUUCGGCUUGAUGCUGCUGCACAUGAGCGCGGAUUAUCAUCACGUGGUUGAUGACUGUGAAGAGGCGUGGGUCGCGUGGGCGCGUUUGAAGACGCUGUACGGCGGGUCGCAGAAGGCUGGACGCAUCUACUUAGCGCCAGCUCUUCAGUAUGGAGAUGGCGAAGGCGGCAAUAUGCUGCAUCAUUGCAAUGAGGUCCUCAACAUCAGCGCGAAGCUGGCUAGCAUCGGUCCCAAGAUGAAGGACGGGGACGUUGCGAUCUGCUUACUGCGCAGUCUGCCCAAGACUUUUGAGAACGUAGUUCUCAACUUGGAGAUGAACAGCGCAGAGCUUCGAUCGCGGGACGUCGUGAAAGUUCUCACAAACGAGCAUAUCAAGCGGCAAGGUGACAAGACGACAUCGGUGAAGACUGAAGACGCGGCCAAGGCGUUUACCGAGCGUGAACCUCGCCAGUGUACAUACUGCGGAAAAUUGGGGCACACGGCGGAGCGGUGCUGGACCAAGCAGAAGGACGAAAAUCAAGGUGGAGCUCGACGCGGCGGCAACAAUGCUCGUGGACGCGGAGCCAACAACGUUCAGUGGCGAACCAACAACAACAACGACGACAACUACGAUCGAGUUGCGUUCGCGGUUUCGCUGGAGGCUGGACUUUCGACGGGCAAGAAUAUGCCAGGGAUGUGGGCAGUCGACAGCGGUGCGACGCAUCACAUCUGCAACGACAAAGCCAAGUUUGCAAGCCUGAAUGAGCGAGAGGAAGGCGAACUAUCAGUGGCUGAUGGCAGCAAGGCUGCGAUCAAGGGUGUGGGAACCAUCAUGGAACGGGUGGUUCUGCCCAAUGGUGACGAACGCGAUAUCGAGAUCAAGGACGCACUGUUCGUACCAAGUAUGAGCAAGAAUCUGCUUUCGGUGCCACAGAUCAACAAGGGUGGCAGGUUCCAAGUCGUGUUCGAUGGAUCCAAGAUGCAAGUGAAGCGCAAGAAUUCCACACAAGUCGUGGCAACAGCGGAUCUCGUCGAUGGACUUUACUGGCUGCGGACUCCUCAACGAUCGGCAAAUGCAGCAACACGCAAUGGGACUAUCGACUUGCAUGCGCGCAUGGGUCAUGCACCCCUCGAAGUUCUGUGCAAGAUGGUGGCCACUGGCAUGAUCAAGGACGCCAAGGCACCUCUCAACUCGAAUGGUCCAAGUGUGUGUCGCGGUUGCCAGCAAGGAAAGAUGGUCCAAAAACCAUUCCCAACCAACCGUGACAAACGCCACUAUGGUGUGUUCGAGUUGCUGCACUUCGACAUCUGCGGGCCAAUGGAACAAGUCUCGAUCGGCGGCAGCAGAUACUUACUGCUUGUGGUUGACGAAGCCAGCGGUUGCAUGAAGGGCUUCUGUCUGCGGUCCUUCUGUCUGCGGUCCAAGUCUGAGAGUGAAGACUGUAUCAAGAACCACAUCAUCAAGAUUCAAACUUGUUGA